UCAGGCACCAUGACCGAACAACACAGCCCAUCAGAGGAGAUGGCUCCAGCAGAGAGUCCAGAGGAAACAGGGCCGAGUCACAAGGUCACCCUCUACGAGAUGGAGAAUUUCCAGGGCCGGAAAUGCGAGCUGACGGACGAAAGUCCCAAUGUCACGGAGAAAGACCUGGAAAAAGUGGGGUCCGUUCAGGUGGAGGCCGGCCCGUGGCUGGGAUUCGAACGCCAGGCAUUCAGCGGGGAGCAGUUUGUACUAGAGAAGGGGGACUACCCUCGCUGGGACUCGUGGUCCAACAGCCACGGCAGUGACAGCCUCCUCUCCGUCCGCCCCCUGCUGAUUGACAGUCCGGACCACAAGAUCCACCUGUUUGAAAAUGCCGGCUACGGUGGGCGGAAGAUGGAGAUUGUGGAGGACGACGUGCCGAGCUUGUGGGCUCAUGGCUUCCAAGACCGCGUGGCCAGCGUCAAGGCCUUGAACGGAAUAUGGGUGGGGUACGAAUACCCCGGGUACCGCGGCCGGCAGUACAUCUUUGAGAAAGGCGAAUACCGCCACUGGAAUGAGUGGGAUGCGAGCCAGCCCUUGAUCCAGUCAGUACGGCGUGUCCGGGACCAGCAGUGGCACAAAAGAGGCUGUUUCGAGGAGAGCUAAAAGAAUCCCAUUCAUUGAGGCGGCGGGAGCGAAGAAACUGAACCAAGGCCCUCUCCCUGAAGCGGUGCCGGAGUCCCUAUGUGUCAA